AUGACAAAUCAUUUAAAUCGCACACAUGAUGGCUUUAUUCAAUAUUCGAAUGAUAUUCACGAAUCUGGCGUGAUGACACCGGCAGCUGUUGUUUCGACAACAGCAUUGAGUAGUACACAUUUUGAUGUGAUAUUUAUCGGAGCUGGUUUUAGUGGUUUGAUUGCUGCGCGUGAACUUAGUCUUCGACAUCGAACCGUGCUGUUAAUCGAAGCACGAGAUCGUAUCGGUGGUCGAACAUUUACAACAAAACUCGGCGAUCAACAAUAUGAAAUGGGCGGUGGUUGGAUACAUUGGAGUCAGCCUCACGUAUGGUCAGAAAUCACACGAUAUGGCCUUUCAAUUUGUGAAACCAACGGUGCGACAGCUGAUCGAAUUAGUUUAUUAUUAGAGAAUGGCUCACGAUUGAAAGUUCUAUCGAUGACCAACCUAUUUCCAGAAAUAUGUCGAGCAAUGGAUGAUUACAGUAACGUCGAUGGUGUUCAAGGACGAACUGUUUUGCCAAUACCCCAUAAUCCUUUUGCAGCUAGAGAAGUUGUUGAACUGUACGAUAAGCUGUCUAUGCAAGAUCGAUUAGAUCACAUAUCAGCGUCGUUCAACAAUAAUCAAGAUUUGUACGAUGUUAUGGAUGCCUAUCUAUCGAUGAAUUCUCAGGGGAAACUAUCUGAAGGCGGAUUUCUUGAUCAUUUACGAUGGUGGGCAUUAGGAGACUUUGAUACUGCUCGAUUAUUUGAUAAAACGAGUCGCUAUAAAAUUCUCGAAGGAACAAGUGCAUUAGCACGAGCCAUACUCAAUGAUUGCCACGAUAUCAAAUUAUUACUUUCCACUCCCGUUCGAUCUAUUCAACGAACAGAUGAUAAUCAGGUGACGAUUUUUACUGACAAUGGGCAAUCGUUCACGGCUCGUUCAGCUCUCAUAACUGUUCCUUUGAAUGCUUUGUAUAAAAUGAACUUUUCUCCGCCGCUGAAACUUGGAAAACAACGUGCUAUCAACGAACGGCAAUGUCGUGGUGGUACGAAAUUUGCCAUUAAACUGGAAAAACCAAUUGGAAAUUGGUGCGGUUUUGCACCCUAUCCAAAUCCAAUAACACAAGCAUUUACAGAUGACGAAGAGGGUACAAUCAUUAUCGCAUUUGGUGUCGAUGAUUUAUUGAACAUCCGAGAUUUCAAUGCUGUCCAAUACGAACUGAGAAAAUGGUUACCAGACAUUCAAAUCAAAUACAUUAUUGGCCACGAUUGGCGUAAAGACUCAUUUGCUGAAGGUACAUGGGGUUGGUUUCGUCCAGGUCAGAUAACGUCAAAUUUAUCCAUCUUGCAAGAAUAUGAGCCACCAUUAUUUUUUGCAAGUAGUGAUACUGCAAACGGCUGGCGAUCGUUUAUGGAUGGAGCUCUAGAAAGUGGUCUCUCAGUUGUUCAACAUAUUGAGCGAUAUCUCAAAAAUGAUUAG